AUGCCAAUCGUUAAAACUCCGUCAUUAGCAAAGCGAGUUCUUCAGAUAUGUUGUUCAAUCGCUUGGUGUUUAGUUGCAGCAGGACCAGUAUUCGGUUUUGCUGCUUUGAAGCCUAUUUUAAUUAGUGAGGGCGUCUACAGUGAAAGAUGUAAUGUGGAGAGUGUUAGAAAUGAUGCAUUUGAUUAUUUGUCAGAGAAAUUUGUGCUGUAUGUUAAUGUCGAUAGUUUGAGUAAAGAUUUGACUCCAUGUGUCGAUCAAGAUUUAUCCUUGAAUUUGAUGUUUACGUUAGCCGCCGUGGUCACAAAUGUUGCUGCAUUACCAGUUGGGUCAAUUUUAGACGAAUAUGGACCACGGGUAUGUGGUAUGAUUGGCUCAUUCUUGAUAUUCUUAGCAUCGUUAACAUUAAAAUUCGGCAAAGAAUUAUCAGAAAAGAUUCCUUGGUUUGACGCUUAUUUGAUUGGGUAUUCCGUUUUAGCUUUAGGUGGCCCGUUUGUAUUUAUAUCAUGUUUUCAAUUAGCUAAUAGCUUUCCUAAAAAUUCGGGAUUGGUAUUAGCUCUUUUGACAGGUGCUUUUGAUACAUCACUGGCUUUGUUUUUGAUUUACAGAUUAAUUUAUACAAACAUGUAUAAAUUGACCAUAAAUCAAUUCUUCACCGCAUACUUGAUUAUUCCUGUCUUUAUUUUUAUUUGCCAAGUAACUGUUAUGCCAAAAGACUCCUACAAAACCGUGGGUACUUUGGCAAAAAUAGGUGAAACUGCAAUCGAUGAAACUGGAAAACCUAUUGACCGUGAUUUACUCAAAUCUCAAGAUCGUGAAGAUGGCGGCGACCAGCCAGCACAAAACUAUGUACCUCAACCAACAAUAAGCGAGACAACUUCCUUGUUAAUUCGCAGAUCAUCCGUUGCCAGAAGAGAUUCAGUGGUUCUGAGAUUUUCAUAUGCAUCCAGAAAUUCAAUAAAAUCAGUUUAUGAACAGGAUGCAGAAGAUAAGUUGAUUGAAUCAUCAGGCGGUGUUUUCGGAAUUUUACAUGGCUACAAUAUUGCCGAACAAUUAAAAUCCUCUUGGUUUAUUCUCAUGACAUUUUUCACUACAAUCCAAAUGCUUAGAAUUAAUUACUUUGUGGCAACUAUUAAAUCACAGGAAUUAUAUUUAUAUAAGGGCAACGAAGACGUUGCAAUCAGCAUUAAUCACUUUUUUGAUUUGGCCUUACCUUUGGGAGGCUUAAUAUCGAUACCAUUUAUCGGAUUAUUAUUAGAUAACUUAACUACAUUAUCAAUAUUGGAAAUAUUGACAGGUACAUCUUUAGUUAUUGGAAUAAUGGGUUUACUUUCUUGGUUGCCUGCAACAUAUUUUGGUAUUAUCUUACUAGUUGUAUACAGACCAUUCUACUAUACUGCAGUAUCUGAUUUCUGUGCAAAAGUAUUUGGAUUUGAUACUUUUGGAACAGUUUAUGGUGCGAUUAUUUGCUUUUCUGGGAUAUGUAACAUCUUGCAACAAGUGAUGGACAAGGCAACCCACGAAUAUUUUAACAUGAAUCCGAUUCCAAUAAAUGCAUUGCUUACUUUUUUGACAGCUGUUUUCGGGGUUGCAUUGAUUGCUUUUGUCAAGGCUCAAGAAAUGAACCUCAAACGAAAAGAUUUGGAAAUCGAAGCACAAGAGGCUUCAUUAAGAGAUGUUCCAAAUUAA